AUGUCGCGGUAUUAUAACGAGGAAUGGCAAAGAAGGAAAACAUAUUUAAUUAGAAGUUUAUUCCACGAUAUACCUUAUCGAGUUCUGUCACCAGUUCUUGAAGAAUCCAACCAAUCAUCACAAACUCAAAUCUCCGCAGAAUCCUCUCGAUCUCGAUCGUCAGAUGCCAACCAUACCGUGGAAUCUUACCCAACUUCCUAUGAAUAUCAACUAACAUCUGAAUCUGAAUCAUCAACUCCUUCAGAAUCACGCCGUUCAGACCAGAGAAUAGCUGAUACUGGUAAAACAACACCAGACCCUAGACCAUAUAGCCCACUGCCACCACUGAUCAUCGAAGUAGAGCCAAAUAGGCAUGAUGAACAGGAAGAAUUUUACGCAAAACUGUUAUUAAAAAUGAGAAAAAUUUAUAGACGGAUGUUCUUUGAAGGCAAAUUCAUCAGUGACGAGGAGUUCUUCGAAAGUGAUAUUGAAAGAGCUGGUCUGGACAAUAGUUGUUUGAACGAAGAACCUUCUUUUAAUGUUAAUCUUGAAUCUACAAGGGAGGAUAAUAUUUUAAAAGAAAUAACGAACGUAGAUAAAAGAUGUGCAGUUGAAGAUAAAAGUAAUGAGAAUUUGAGUGUGGACUCAAGCUGUGAUGAAGAUUCGGAUAACGAUAUGGAAGAUAUUGAGCAGGAGUCUUGUGCAUCUAACGAAGAUGAGAUUAAUGUCGACAUUAAUGAAACAAAGGCAAAAUGUCCACAUUCUCACACACAUGUACAUUCAGAAAGAAUGGAAACAGAAGACUGUGAGUCUUCUGAGUCCGAAAGUUCCUCAAGUUCAGAGUCAUGUUGCGAUUCUUCCUCAGAAGAUGAGAACGACAAUCCAAGAAUACCAAACAAAAAAUAUUUAAGAGAGAACUUAAAAAUUCUAAGAAGCACUUUAGCACAAACCGCAUCGGCGACAGAAAUGAAAGAUCUCCACCUAGAACCGCAAACUGAGCUGGAGUUAAACCAACUAGCUAUGGUGAAUAUCGUGGACUGGAUAGAACAGAGGUUAAACGGUAAAGACCCUUCAACUACUCCUCUGAAAGACCUGCUGGACCGGAUAAGGGAAACCAUGCUUGUUUUUCAAGAGGCAAAAGAAGAGCCAGCGUAUAGCCAGAUGACAUUUAAAGCAGAUAUCCAUAUAGACGGCACCCCACUCCCACAAGUCAGACCAAGUCCAAUAUAUGAAGAGCCGCGAAUCGAAGUUUUAUCAGCAUCGGUUAAAAAGUUUUCAUAUGAAGUCACACAAAGUUUGCCUGCCGACAGCUUGCCGAGUAUCACUUCUUCAAAUUCAAAGAUCUCCACAUCCGAAACCACCCCUAUUCUCCUGUACAAACAGUCACCAAAUAGGACACAGUCCUUUCAAGGUGAAGAACAACCAUUUGAGUUGAAUAGUAUUCCUGUCCAUGAAACGUCUCACGAAGAGCUUAUGCCAAGUCAAAUGGACAAGUCAAAGUUGGAGAUUAUAACAGAUACUCUUGUUUUUGGACAGCAGUUAGAAGUAGCACGUGACGUUGGUAAAGAAGAAUCCGUUAGCAGUCCUAUUUUAACAUCUACUAGAAGGUUUAUGAAACCGAGAAAAUGUUCUAAAACAGUGUUUGAAGAUAAUCAAGAACAUAUAUGCACACAGCCUGCUACCGAGGCUAAGGUUGACAUCGAGGAUUCACAUUGUGAUGUAGCUAACAGAAGAAAAGAAGAUGCUGCCUUCGUGCUACGCUUCAGAAAGACAAUAGAAGAGCAUUCUCUUUCCGUUGAGAGGAACUUGACUAUUCUGGAAAAUAAUGAAGGUUCAGACAAAACUCCUUCCUCAGACGAAAGUGACGCAAUUAUGAAAGAAAUUGAAAUCAUGAGAACACCUCGGCCUGAUGAAUCAAAAGAAUCCACUCCAACUGGUGCCAAUCGAUUUUCAAGUAACGUACACGAUAGCUCUGAUCAAAAUAUUAUGGCCUCGAAUGUUUCUGACGUGACUCCAGUCAUAGAAGAUGAUGAACAUAUGAGCGCAGUUCAGCAGAAACAUUCAGAGGAUAUUGACGAUGUUUUAGCGUUAUUAUUCAAUACUACCCCAGAACUUAGGGAAUCAGCUACCGCAAAAGAUACUCUUUCAAGCCAGAUGUCUAGUUCUAGAAAAAGACGCUUUGAAGAAAGAUUUAGAUUUGUAAGUGGAUAUUUUAUUUUCAAAAUCAAGAUAAUGGGCCUGGUGUACCCACCAUGA